AAGGGGCCGUUGCUGGGAGACAGGCGGGGAGGACUGCGCAUGUGUACUAAUUGCCAUGGGGAACGGGGUGCUGCUGAUCCGCAUGCGCCGAUUUCUCCUCGCUUGUCACGGGAGUGAGUGCGCCGCUGCUCUGCGUCUCCCACCCGGUUUCUGCACGCGCAUGCGUAGAUUCCAAAUCCUUCGCCAACCACCGCGCGCAUGAGCAGUCGCCUCCCCACCGUAGGUUUUUACGCAUGCGCAGCAGCCCACCCGCCCUCACUUUCGCCGGGUGCUGCGCAUGUGCGCGCGGCCCGGGGAAGCAGGAAGUGGGGUGGGCGGUUUGCGCAAGCUUCACGCGUCUCUAUGGGUGAAGUCUCGUGGUGCACCCUCAUCAUCCUGCCUGCUCCCCGUCCCUGGCCUCAGCCAUGAGCCAUGGCGUCCAGCUCAUUGCCUUCACCCGUGCCCGAGAGGAUUCAGACUUCUGGAAAGAUGGGCAGCUCCGGAAACAGGUUUCCUCCGCCCGGGAGCGCCGGGAGGACCCCGGAGCAGGCGAGGAAGCCCGCAGCUUCUAUGAGAGUCUCCUGGCUCCUGGGGGCAGCAGCGGCGGCGGCGACAGGAGCCCUCCACGGAAACGUAGGGCCCCUCGGAGGCGCCGUGAAGCUCCAGCUCCUCCCCCUGUGCCACCAGACCAGACGGAUGACCGCAAGGGCAACCUGUUGCUCAGAUCAGCCCAGGAGGGCAACCUGCGGGGCCUGCGGAGGCUGCUGGAGAAGGAAGGCUGCAACAUCAAUUACCGGGACGGUUUCUACUGGACAGCAGUGAUGUGUGCGGCCUACGCCGGGCAGGCAGAGGCUGUGCGGUACCUCCUGAGCCGGGGGGCCGCCUGGGUGGGGGUGUGCGAAGCACAGGGCCGGGAUGCCAUGGAUCUCGCUGAGGAAGCUGGCCACGAGAACGUGGUGGAGGUCUUGCGGGAGUGUGAGACAGCGCGGCCACCCACGAGGGAACCCAGGAGACCGCCGGCGGAGAGGAAGUUCUGUGCCGUGUGCCAGGCACACUACAGUGAGGACACCGUGGAACUCCACGAGCGCUCGACUGCCCACCUCUUCAACCGCCGCGACCCACUGCCCCCGACCCGCUACCACAUCCCAGAGACCAACGUCGGCUUCCAGCUCAUGGUCAAGGGUGGUUGGGACCGUGAGGCUGGGCUGGGGCCUGAGGGCUCUGGCCGUAGAUUUCCCGUUCAGACCAUCCUCAAAAGGGACCAGAAAGGCUUGGGCUUCCGGAGUGACCUCAAGCCGAAGGUCACACACUUCGAUGCCAAUGACCCCAGCUCCGUGGCCCAGCCCAGUGAGCCCAGGCCCAGGGCAGAGCGGGCAGUAACAGUCGGGAAACAGGAGGCGCGGCGCCGAGAGGCCAAGGAAAAGGCUUGGGAACGUGACCUCCGCAUGUACAUGAACCUUGACCUUUGAACUCUGCUGGUCUAUAGCCUCUCUAAGUCACUUGGCCAAUCAGCUUACCUAGGUGACACUCUUAUAUGAAUUUAGCCAACAGUGUCCCUUGUAGCCUCUGAACCAGUUGGAUUUUGAGUUGGGGUAUCUGCCCCACCUUUAACAUCCAGUGGCCAACCAGUAGCCACACUGGUUCUGCCUCUACAGCCAAUUAGGUCGACUGUCUGGAAAUCCUAACGUGAACUUUGAUCUGUCAUGUCUUGGAUGUUACCUAGAUUGUUAUUUGUAAUAAUAAUAUGAAAACAAUACAGUUUUUUAAACCGUUUCAGCCAAUUUAGCCUGGUGACCCUUCACCCAGUGAUGUCAUUUCAUUACUGCCCCAUUAACCUCGUUUGAAAUACUCAACCAGUUCAGUUUGGCGCGGGGUGGGAAAAUGUUGACCUUUAACCAGAGACCCACCAGAUUGGAUCUCUCUGGAGCACCACCACACAAACAGAAUCCAUAUUGACAAUCACUUGCCUUUCUAUGGGGUCCCACCAGCAACUCUGUAAGAGGGGCUAUACCCACUUCCCCACCACAUAUCAGGAUUGAGUCCUGGGGGAUCGAAGCCACCCACACCUAGCCUUGCAUGCUAGGCUUGGGCACCAGAUCCAGCACGCAGGGCCCAGGGCUUCCCAUGGGUCUGGAUCCGUGACUCUGAGCUACCACUUCCCUACCACCUGAUUUCUGGACCUGUGGGGAACCCCAUGGGCCAGAUCUAGCCCAUAGGCCCAAGGUUGAGCUCCCCUGGGCUAGUGGGUCUGUACUGCCAUCAGCUCGGCUCAGUGAAACUGCCCAGACCAAUGUAAAGUGAUGUAUGACAUGCAACAGAGGCACCCUACAUCACUACAGGAUGCCAAGUGUCACGGCCCUUGUAUUUAUAGCCUAGAGGCCCCUGUCCCAUCCCAAUUUGUAUCUCUCUGUCAAGAUGUCCCUUUCUAUUCAUCUAUUUGCCAAGUCCAGGGACCUGCAGCUCAUUCCUUGCCAGUGGCUCCCACACAGGGCUCAGGGGUCGGGCACUGGUCCCCCGUGAGGUUCGGGUGACCUGUUCUCUCUCCUUUGCUAGUGAAUUCUUUUUCCUCCUCCAUUUGUUCACCUCCUGUUUCUUGCUUUGAAUCACUGCAUCUUUUUUCAGUCCAUCCAGCAGUUCACGAAGCCUGCUACUCCCAUGAUCUUUUGCAGUGCCUUAGUUUGAUUGUAACUUAGCAUAACUACACCCCUAUCAUCACCAAAACUCUUACAAGUAUCUGACCCUUUUCCUUUCUUAGAAGCAUCAGCAGAGCUGCCUCGUUUCCUUUUGUGCUUCUUGCUGCCGUUCACUUCUCGCUUAGUUUGCAAGCCCUGACCACACAUCCUGGCUUUGCUCUAUUUAUUUAUUUUUUUCAACCAAGAUAAACAUAUGAGACCAUGUAGCUGCCUAACCACACGUGUGGCUAAAUGUAGCACCUGGCAGAUGCCGUGAAGCAUGUUGUGACCAAAGCAAUUCUUCCUGCGGUGUUGCUCAUCUCAGCUCUAAAGAGAGAAGCUGUGGAACGAGCUGUGGAACGAGAUUUGUGAUACUGUAUUUGCUUGCCUCCAGUAUGUAGCUUUCCCCACCAAAACUGGGGGCUAUGUAUUAAACAAACUAUUAUAUGUCAUCAUGUGCCAUGCCACCAGCA